AUGAAUGAAGACCAAAAGAAGAGGAUCAGGCAGCAAUAUGUCUACCUGGUCAAGAACCUGACAGACCCGAGGAGUACAGGGCUGGUUGAACACCUGUACCAAGAUGGCGUCAUUGAGGAGAGGGAUCGCCAGAUCGUGGAGAAUAAACCAGCGACAAAAGACGCCAUCAAACAUCUGCUAGAUGCCGUGAUGAACUCACCGCAUCAGGAUGCAUUUGAAUGUUUUGUCAAACUUUUAGACGACUAUGGGCAAGAAUACCUUGCCAAUGUUUUAAGACAAAGUGCCAGUUCUGAUGGAGCAGGGCAAUGUGACGUGUGUCCAGAAGACGGUAAAUCCCCUGCUAUCUCCGUGUGUUUGGACUGUAACGAGUUCAUGUGUUCUACGUGUGCCGGCUGUCAUAGGAGAACAAGGGUCUUGAAAGGCCACACACUAAAGGAAUUAACAUCUUCUCUUUUAGAAAAAUGUCAGGUACAUCCAUCCCUUUAUCUUAAAUCCUACUGUCCCCAAUGUGACGCCUUCAUCUGUGAGAGAUGCAUGGUGGACACACACAAAGGACACAUCGACGCUUGGAAAGACGCUAUAACAGUGGCCGAAGAUUUGAAAUGUAAAAUGAACGAGAUUAUGGAUAAAAUAAAAAAUAUCAUUCUCCACAAAUCUGUGAUAGAAAGAGAAGAACAGAAAAGGCUUUUCGACUUGGACAAGCAAAGGCAACGCGUUAAAUAUGCUAUUGAGAAACGUGAAGACGAAAUUUGCAAGCUGGCGAAAGCUUGUGCUGAAAAGGCCAAAGAAGAUGUGGACAAAGCAUAUUUCGACGUAAAGAGUCGACUGCAAACAGCCAAUAAAAUAGAAUACCUCGAAAAACAACUGAAAUUUUACGAAAGUUUGAUUAACAAUGCUUCCGUCUCUAGUGUAAUUAAACAUCAAGCAGAAUGGAUGACUUUAUUGAAGAAAACUUUGGAGACACAUUCCCCCACCUAUCCUGUGUCCACGCUAAGAUUUCAGACCACCAGUUGGGCAGAAACAACUAUACAGCAGGCAAUGGGUGAGGUUGUUAUAGGAGACAUCACGCCGACUUUGAUCACACAACACCAACUACAGCGUUCCGAGGAUCCAGAGGAGUUCCCCAUAGUUCUGGACAGCAUGCCUGGUGGUGACGUCGUGGUGGGGAUUACGUGUAAAGCUGACAAAACCAAGCGUCGUAUCAUUAUCUGUUCCUCCACAGGGGACAUCAAGAAGGAUAUCAAGGUGAAGGAUCUGUUCGGACUGACAGGACUACGCGACGGUACAAUAGCAGCAACUGUAAGGCACGGCAAAACACAGGAAGUGAGGAUAUAUACUACAGACGGUGUUGUCAAGUCAUCGUUCAAGUGCAGCACAGCUGGUCGUAUUACAGUGAACCACGAAGGUCACUUGAUCGUGAUGGAUGAUAGCUUGCGUAAAGCAGACAAGGUAAUGGUAUAUCGUACAGACGGAAGACUGAUCAGAUCAUUCAGUGAUACCUCAACAAACCCAGUAAACUAUAGCAAGUACAUAACAACCACACCCAGUGGUGACAUCAUAGUGUCAGAUCCCAAUGACUGCUGUAUACGCGUCUAUACACCUGAAGGUCAGCUACAGUAUUCGUACGGUGGGAUGGAUGUCAUGAAAUGUUCACACGGUGCCUGUGUGGAUGAGGAUGGAACCAUAUUUAUCUCCGACUUCCUUGCUGAUAACAUCCACCAGGUGUCUUCUUAUGGGCAGUUCAUACGCUAUGUGCUGACAGCCAAGGAUGCACUGUGUAGUCCCACGGAUGUGUGUAUCAACCAGGAAGGUCACUUCGUGGUACUUCAACAGGACGGAUGGAUCAAGACAUACAAUUAUAAAUAA